AUGUGCGAGGCCGGGCACUUGGCCUACGGCACCUGCUACUCCUUCCUCCCCAAGAACAAGUGCUACUCGUGCCACCGGAACGGCGCCUACUCCCGCAACACCCCUCUGGAAGGCAUCGUCGGCUGUGUCAAGGUCCUCUGCCCCUACGACGUCUACGGCUGCCGGACGUAUGCCACCUACCACGAGGCCGGCGACCACUAG